GGGAGGCCUAAAAAGUAUUGGAACCUCUCUCAUAUGAUCACCACAAUGGCGGACGAGCGGCAGCCACUGAUCGGGAGCGCCACAAAUAACCCGCCUCAGCAGACCUAUGGCGGGUCAGCGACGAUGGGGGGUCAAGCGGGGACGGAGGGGACGCUGGUGUCUCCCGUGGGGCCGGAUGAGCUGCCACCACCCUGCACACCCUCAUCCAAUGGGGUCCCCAUGGUCACGUGUCGGGUGUGCCAGGCCAUGAUAGACAUCUCGGGAAAAGUUGACCAGCAUGUCGUCAAGUGCAACCAGUGCAAUGAGGCAACACCUAUCAGGAAUGCCCCGCCUGGGAAGAAAUAUGUCCGCUGCCCCUGCAAUUGUCUGCUAAUCUGUAAGAGUUCCUCCCAACGAAUAGCUUGCCCCCGACCAAAUUGCAAAAGGAUCAUUAACUUGUCGCCUUCACCAGCAAACCCUUCCUUGCCCAAUGUUCCGGGAAUGUGUAGAGUUACUUGUGCUCACUGCCAUGAUACCUUCAUAUUCAACACACUAAACAAUGCACUUGCCAGAUGUCCACACUGUAGGAAAGUGUCGUCAGUGGGUCCAGAGUUUGCCCGGUGCCGAGGGAUAGUGUUUGUUGUUGUUGCUCUUGGCUUCCUGGCGUUGGGCAUCGCUCUCACCUGCACCACCAUAAGUUACACCAAGACUUACCCCGGCAUCUAUGUAGCAUAUAUUGUGGCCUUUCUCAUCUCAGCCAUCCUCUUCUACCGAACGAUCUAUUACUGCUCUAUGAAGAUAAGUCUCAUCGAGGGCCCCUUAUAAGCUGAGUGGAGGCGCAGGUGUGAGCUUUGUGAGUAAUCUGCCACUAAUUUCUUGUUACACAUUCAAAUGAUGGUCCAGAGAAAGGAAGUGACGGCCAAUCAAGAGACAUGUACCUUAAUAUGUUUACUACUUUGCUUCACCUUCAUGGAGCGUUUAUGUUUUGUAGGAAUGGUUGGUGACUAUGAUCCACAGUCAGUUCCUUACCUUAAAUUACUGAACGCUAAGUAAUUUUGUAUCUCUGUUAGUUUAGUAGGGUUUCACGUCCUUCUUGAAUGCCAAAGGAGUUUUUUGGGAUCAUUUUUGCCAGUCAGUCAGAUACUAUUUUGUAUUAUACUUGUCAGUUGUCUUAUAUGUAUAUUUUAUUCAGUUUUGAAAGAAGAACAGAAAAUACAGUGCAGUGAGUCCCGAUUUUAAAUAGAGCAAGCUUCACAGUAUGCAUGCUUGUAAUUUGUAGCACCUCCAUAUGUGGUAGGUCAUUUAAAUACUAGACGAUUUACUAUGUCAAAGUGAUUCCAAAGAUCAUUCGCAGUUGAGUUACAAACAGCAUUGACACUUAAAGAUUUACAAGUAAGUAUUAUAGUUUCAGGCAUUAGUUGAUACCGUACAGGUUUUUCUUUUAAUCAAUAUCAAUAAAGUGUUUGAUUUUACAUUAUUUAAAUAUGACUAAAGUAUGCCACCUUGCUAGAAGAGAAUGAUGUUCCAUUGCAAUUGCGUACCAUUAUUUAUGAUAGUUUGCUAGUGAACACGCCUGACCACUGAAUUAACCUCAACCCUGGGAUAUUUGUAGGAUUAUGAAUUGCGUUUUCAGUAUACGUAGGUUUUUAAAAGUCAUUGUAGUGUAAUUUAAGUCUAUAGAAACCUGUGAUAAGCCAAGAUCUUAGGAUGCUGUCCUAUAUGUAUUGUAGCUCCAGUAUACAAGUGAAGUUCUCAAUUCUUGAAAUAUUCUUUACACCUUCCUGAGUUGAAAAGCUUCCUUGUUACACUUCGCUUACUACACCUAACUCUCUCUUAAGGAUUAGAUUAACCUUUUGGGGUAUAUUCAAUUGAUAUUUUAAGUUUGUUUGUAUGGAAAUUCAGUUCUCUUUUCUUUCCUUGAUCACUGAUAUUGCUAUUAUUAUUAUUAUUAUUAUUAUUAUUAUUAUUAUUAUUAUUAUUAUUAUUAUUAUUAUUAUUAUUGAUAUACUUCACCCAGUUUUGUAUUUGUUUUUUCAUUUUUUCUGUUUAUAUAUUUGUUUUUUCAUUUCUACCCAGAGCAGCUUUUGUUACAAGUCAUUGAUUUUUCAGUGUGCCGAUCUUGUCCUUUGUAAUUUUGUUACCGCUAAUGGGCUCUUCUAGAUCAGUCUGAAGAAAAUCCUUCCAUGAUGUGUCCACUAUAGAGGACUUUGGAAUAUAUAGUAUUAUAAUUAUUUUAAUAUCAGAAGUGCAUCAGUUGUGGCAUAACAUGGCAGACAGGGUGUGAGAUAUUUUGUAUGAGUGAUUGGAAAUCAAAAGGAGCCUUGUUUACUUUGUUCAUGAAUGAUGUGCAAGCGGGCAGUGAGUUCACACAGGAAGAAAGUAAAGCUUAGAGUCACUGUAAUACAAGUUGAUGAUUUCAUGAACUUGGCUUAGAAGUUUUCCUGCUUUUAGAAAUGCAUCAAAUCCUGCAUCGUCAGAUAUCAUUAUGGUGGGCUUUAGCAUUAUUUAAUGGGAUUGUCACACCAUUUCCUCAGAUUUCUUUUUAUAACCUAUAAAGUAGAAAUUGUGAUAUGGGAAAUAGUAUUGUAUUUUUUGGAGUGCAAGCAGCGGGGUGUGUGGCUAUCGGGGGAGGGCGGUCCAGCUCAGGGCCGUGACCCUCACUGGGGAGUGUACACUGUAGGACAAGUUGUUGGCAGGGGUUGUAGUGGGUUUGGUAUGUUGCCUGAUGAUACACUACUAUCAACUUAUAAUUUAUGUAAAUAAAUUUAUACUUUUAUCUAAAAUGGAGAGCACAUCUAUAUGUGCUGAAAAAUAGCAAGGAGGCAUCCACUCAAGUGCAAAGUGCCACAUGGUGUGGAGGUCAUGUUACCUAGAUCACCUUACUGCUGCCGCCAGCAGGGGAGGUGCAGGGAACUCUUGUCCUUGCACUGAGUGUUCAGAGUAAGGAGUCCCUCAGGGGGUGCCACUCGCCGGGCACUCCGCUGAUCUUGAUUGCUUUAAUAUAUUUAUGUCACGUUUGUAUAAAUCACUUGUGCAAUUGUAUAUUUCAGUUGCUCAUGAAGCACUAGACACAUUCCUCUAAGUAAUCAAUUGUACAUAAAUGAAAUGGAAUGUCAUCUACCAUUCUUUUAGAACUUUUAAAGCUGUAUCCAAAAAUGUCAUGUUAAAAGUGUUGAACAUAA